UCUUGUCAUCACCAAAUAAUGGCGGAACAAAAACAAAAUACUCCCACCGUUACCAUAUUCAUCAACGAUAAUGAACAUAUAAGCCAACAUGAAACAGAAGAAGAGAACUUGGAUGACUCAAAAGUGUCUCAAUGGCUGCACCCCGCGAUUUUCUCUGCCAACGAUGGGUUAGUUUCUACAGCAUCGCUCAUGCUGGGGAUGGGCGCCGUAAGUCAAGACAUCAACGCAAUGAUCAUAACCGGGUUCAUUGGCCUCGUGGCGGGGGCUUGUAGCAUGGCUAUGGGUGAGUUCAUCACCGUCGAGUCCACCCUCGAAAACGACGUUGGUGAAAGGAGGGACCCUCUACGAGCUGCUGUAGCGGCGGCAUCGGCUUUCUCGGUAGGAGCCAUGGUGCCCUUGCUAGUGACAUUGCUCAUGGAGGAUUAUCAUGUCACGCUUGGGGUAGUGGAAGGUCCCAUAAGCGUCGUUCUUGCGGUGUUUGGGUGGGUAGGAGCAUUUUUGGAUGGCUCGCCGGGGUGUAGAGCUGUUUUGAGGGUUUUGUUAUGGAGUUGGGUGGCUAUGGUUGUCACCUUUGGUUUAUUAAUCAACAACGAUUGGUAAUUACAUACUAUAAGUCUGUGAGGCAUUGGAACUUUUCGUAUUAUCAUGAGGUUUUGUCUUUCUGAUAAGUUUUCAUUUUCUAAAACUUAAGUCAGUUUCCGAACUAAUGAAGUUCAGAAAUCACUGGAAGCUUAAGUUUCUCCUUUAAAAACUUUCGUGUC